UGAGCACAUGUGACAGAUGUGAAAGGGUCUGGAGAAGCCGUGGAGAACAUUAUGCUACCUUGAUGGUCUGGGGCAGGGGCGAACUAACAACUCAUGGGGCCCCUGGGCAUUAGGGGAUCAUGGGGCCCCUAUGUCCUCGCACACACCCAAAAAAGCCUAUGGAAAAGCCAAUGAAAGUUACCAGGGGCAUCUCAUGGGGCCCCCUACUGCCCCCGGGCCCUCGGGCAGUGCCCAAGUGCUCGAAUGGUCAGCCCACCCCU